UAAAAUUAGAGGUUAUGUUUAUGUAUGAUUUGUUGAUAGAAUCAGACUUUAUCAGACCAGUUAAAAAUAUGUUUGAGUAUUGUUAAUCUAAAGGUUGAAUGAAUUUAAUGAAUAAUAUCAGACUGGAACUAUGAACUAUCAUUUAAACUUCUACCAAAUACGCAUUGUUUUGUAGUGGCCCACUAUAAUUUACUAUAAUUAUAUUCGGAAAUAGUAAUAAAUUGUAAUAUUAUGAUGAUAAAUAAUAUUUUAACUUUGACUUAAUUAAAAUGGUUGGUAAGCCAUACAAAUGUGUGAACUGUGGAGUGGAAGCUUCAGCUUUAUACAGAACUUACGGCACCGUUAUUAAAUUAACGAAAUAUGAGUAGUCGUAGUAGACGGUCACUAGAACUCUUUCAACCAGAACAAAUGAUUGCAUGACAGAGGAUGAUGAUACCUACUAUUUUAUUAAACGCCACCGUCAACUUAUCGUCCAAAAAUGGAUUGAGGGACUUAACAUUAUCCAGCCUUACAGGAAAACUGCAAAGGCUUUGUUGAUAAAUAUAUUGAAUAUGACCCUGUUAUUGUCAUGAUAGAUCUAAUAUUAAUAUCCAAAGAAGCACAGAGACAUGUUUUAUAUAAUACUGAUUUUAAGUCAUUCUGGAAGCUCCUUAUUACACUAAUGAUGUUGGAGACAUAUGGAGUUUGGAAAAGUGACAGUUUAUUCAACAUAGCCAUUAAUUCAAUGUGCGGAAUAGCAGGCAACAAUACUAUUAAUAUUACGAAUUUACAUGUAUAUAUUGCAACACCAGAGUUAUCGAAAAACAAUUGCAUGGCAUGGACUCAUGAUAACAGAGACGAUAAUAAUGAUUUAUUUAUAUGGGAGAAGGAUUUCUACAUUCAGUUCAUGUCUACGUUAGCCGGCAUAUUCGUUUUCGUGGCGACGACACAGCUACUGAUGACGUCAUUCAAGCUUGUAAUGUCGCAAAGCGAAGUACCAAUACUGAGGUGUCUGAAGGCGUUCUCGUUGGCGGACGUGAGCGUAUUGUUCACGCUGCCGAUGCUGGUGUGGGGCACGGACACGUCGCUGGAGACCAGGCUGGUGCACUACGGACUCGUCCUCUCUUACAGUUUCGUGGUUUUCACUAACGUCUUCACAGUUUUAUACGAAUGCCCCAUGUUUGUCGCCGCACUAACUGUAGUGGCGGGCUACAUGGCUAAAUACACUACAAGCUAUCACGCAACGCCCUUACUAAGGAUUUAUAUAACAUAAAAUAAACAAUAAUACAGUA